GAGAAACUAAUUCAAGCGAGCAAAUAACUCCCCGCGACGCUGCCACUAAGCUUAUCCUACCUUCCAGUCUUCUCCCCUCCCUCCAGUUCAUUCCCAUUUCCCAACCCAAACCAGCGGCUGGCACGGACGCCGGCGAGCCGCGCGGCCCGGAGGACCACUGCCUCCUGCAUAUAGCCGGCUUCCGCGGCCAUGUCAUCCGUACACUUCUUUCCUGCCUCCUCCCAGACCCCGGUCCCCGCCUGCCUUCUCAAAACCUCUCCAAAGUCACCCCUCCCGUGCCCCCGCACCCUUGCCACCACCUCUCUCCAGAGUGUUGGCGGCAAUUGCAAUGCGUGGCACCGCCCGCACCUACGGCUGCAGCGGAGGGUCCGCACCCCUGCAGCACCGUCCGACGCGCCGCCUGUGGGCCCCGAUGGCGGGAGCGGGGGCGGCGGCGCGGGGGGAGGGAGUGGAGGGGAGGAUGAGGAGGAGGAGGGGGAGAAGAAGAAGGGACUGUUGCCCGAGUGGAUGAACUUGACAACAGAGGACGCCAAGACGGUGCUGGCCGCGGUAGCUAUCUCGCUCGCUUUCCGAACCUUCGUCGCCGAGCCGCGCUUCAUCCCCUCGCUCUCCAUGUUCCCCACCUUCGACGUCGGUGACCGCAUCGUCGCCGAGAAGGUUACUUACUACUUUAGGAAGCCAUGUGUUAAUGAUAUAAUAAUUUUCAAAAGCCCUCCAGUGCUGCAGGAGGUUGGGUAUACUGAUAAUGAUGUUUUCAUUAAAAGAGUAGUUGCCAGGGAGGGAGAUGUUGUUGAGGUUCAUGAAGGAAAACUCGUUGUGAAUGGUGAGGGUAGAAAUGAAGAAUUCAUUCUUGAGCCACCUUCUUAUGACAUGAAUCCUGUGCAAGUACCAGAAAACUCUGUUUUUGUGAUGGGAGAUAACCGAAACAACAGCUACGAUUCACAUGUGUGGGGCCCUCUUCCAGCAAAAAACAUAUUGGGGAGAUCAAUUUUUCGGUAUUGGCCUCCUGGUCGAAUAGGGGGUACUACCAAGGGUUGCUUCAGCCCUGAAUUAAGCCCUGGAGCAAAGCCAGAAUCACUUACUGAUGUCAAAUCGACAAAGUAGGAGAUUGAGAAGUUAGUUUUGGUGGUGCCUGAUGUGCAGGGGAAGCUUCGGUUAUUCUUCGUGGUAGAAUGUCACAGAGGAAUCCUGUGUUGUGUGGCAGGUAGUUCUAUUAGAACCCAGAGAGCGGAAGACAAUUUGAUUCUCAUUGAGUCAUUGGGAUUGGGAUUGGAUUGGCCAGAAGGCACAGAAACCAUUUUGUCUCAGGGUUUCUUGUCCUUUUGCCUUGCUGUAUACGUACGUAUUAGGGAAACUUGAUACCAUGAUGGCUGACCUAGUUAAGCUGCAAAAAAGUAUGGUUCCACUGUUGAAAUCUAGAGUCUGGAACAUGAUGAAAUCCGCGUACAGCAUGACGCGCAAGUACAUCCUGUAAAUGGAGAACGUGUCUAUUCAAUGUGCCGUUGAACAACGCAGAGAAACUACCCGGAUUACUUACGCUACCGCAGAAAAAGAUGGAUUAUGUUAGAUUGCAAUUGCAGGCGUACAAUUCAGCCUUUUUUUAAA